AUGUCGACUCCAGAGGAAAGUGCUCAACUUAAGGCUGGCCAUCCACCAGCAGUGAAGGCUGGCGGCAUGAGAAUAACGCAACAUAAAACAGGACAUGUAAAAGACUCUAAGGAUGUUGUACAUACAGAAGAUCUAACCGGACUCGCCGGUAUAGCCCCAGUUCCUAUCAACCCAGUGCUAACAUCGGGGGCUCCGAACAAAGGCAAUACCGACUUCACACCUCAAGCGGCACAGGUAGCACACAGUCCAAAGCCUCCCGCCCAUAUAAAUAUUAAACCCGCUACCAAUAUCCAACAGCCUAGGAAGUAA